CGGCGUCGCUCGCUUCUCGGCUUGGUUAGUGAUUCGCGCGUCGUCGUCGUUGCUAUGGCAGCAGGAGAGCUGUCACUGUUCCGAGAACAGCCGCCCUCAACCUGCAGGAGUCUGCUCGGAGGUGUGACCUCAGGCGAACAAUGUUGUAAUGCAUGUGAGAGAGUCUCUGGGAGAGACGAUGAUUUUGAUGACAGCGACAAGUCUGAUGGCGCCGAGGGCCAGGCGGACAGUUGCGAACAUUCCUCCCACUCUGUCACCAGCCGUACCACAGAGGAUCUGGACAGCUCUGAACAGCUUCAUGACAGACUCACUUGUCAGUCGAUUACUGAGCAUGUCGACCCCGGUGCAUCGCGGGAACAGGAGAGAGCAGAAGAAGGCGGCGUAAUACAGAGCGAAGGAGACGUCUUGGAGUUGCUGUCUUCUCUGUUGCACGGUGAACAGACCUUGGAGCACCUGGAAGUGUCAGAUUCACAGGCAGUCACCGUCGGCAACGUCACGUAUGUCUUGGGCGAUAUCAAGAUGAAGGAAGUGGUGCAGGAGAACACCCUUAAGCAGCAGAUGUUUGUGAAGAAGCGAGGGGAGUCUACCGACGACCAGCUACAAGUGGUGAGCCGCGAGGAGUGGCUGGCGGACCCGCCCUCGCAGCCAGUAGACAUGGUGGAGGGCCCUCUCGACCUGGUCAUCAUCAACCACACAGCCUCCCUAUCGUCCGAGACGCCGGCCUUAAACAUGAUACUGCUUCGGCGGAUACAGCUGAUGCACAUGGAGGGUAAGGGCUGGUUCGACAUCGCCUACAACUUCUUGGUGGGGAUGGAUGGCGUGGUGUACGAGGGCCGCGGCUGGGGCAUCGUCGGCAGCCACACCAAGAACUACAACGCCGUCAGCGUGGGCGUCGCCUUCAUCGGCCACUUCAUGCAGGAGCUGCCCUCCCCAGAGGCGGUCGCCUCCCUGUGGCGGCUGCUGGAGCAAGGCGUGCACCUGGGCCACCUGUCCCCAGACUACCGCAUCCUGGGAUACUGUCAGUGCCGGCCGUCGGAGAGCCCGGGCCGCGCCUUCUUCUCGCUCAUAAAGACGUGGCCCCGCUGGGCUGAAACGGCGCCGCCUCUUCCUCCAGAGGCCUCCAUCACGUACGGUUCUCAGCAAAGUGGGACGCACUCUGUACAGACAGUGGCGACCACGAUACCUGUGCGAGAUGAUGUCGAUAAUGGAAGUGUUAUGGAAGUGUUAGGAACGCCAGCAGUAGAUUAUUCAUCGGAAUUGGACAGCAUCCUCAAUCGCCAGCUAUCAGAGACAGCCAGCGAGGCCCAUAGCGUCACCUCUUCUCUUGCGGAAGAACCUCAGGUGCAAGAUAGUGUGGACCAUGACGAGGACGUCAGCGAAGAGGAUUCCGCGGACACAGAUGAGCAAGACGAGACUAGCAACGACCAGGCGUUCACUGAGGAUUGGUAUCAAGAGCGGAAGGCAGUACAUGUGUCAAAUUCACGAAAUGUUCGAGUGGGCGAAGUCGCCUACGUGGUGGGGUCACUUAACAUCAGCCAAGUUUUGCAGACACACAGUGUUGAGAAGAGCCUGUUCGUGAGCAAAGGCUGCCAAGAGAAGGAGCUACGCGUGGUGCGACGCAGCGAGUGGCGGGCGCGGCCGCCGGCGAGGCACGUGACUCCGCUGUGCAAGCCUGCCACCAAGGUCGUCCUCUGUCAUACGGAUACAGGCUGCGUCGCGGAAGCAAGGAGGGAGGCUGGGCACUUGCGGACGCUGCAGGAGGUCGCGGUGCACGGCAGGGGCCUGGAAGACAUCCACUACAACUUCCUGGUGGGCGCCAGCGGCUGCGUGUUCGAGGGCCGCGGCUGGGACGUCAGGCCCGGUCUGCCGCGCAGCUGCGACGACUCCAGCGUGGCUGUCGCCUUCGUCGGCGCACACCACGACCAUCCGCCCACCGCGCAGGCCGUGGAGGCGUUCCACCAGCUGGUAGCUCUGGGCGAGCGCGAGGGCCACCUGAGCGCGGACUGGCGCCUGCUGGCUCACUGCCAGCUCUACGACACGGACAGUCCGGGCCGCGCGCUCUACCAGCUGCUCAAGACGUGGCCGCGAUGGGCCGGCGCGCGCGGCGCAGAAAUAUUUGACCUGAAACUGGUGUCGCGAGUGCAGUGGCUGGCCAUUCCAGCCGUAGCGCCAAUCUCGAAGCUGCAGCGCCCUGUCAAGACGGUGGUCAUCUGUCACACCAGAACAAAGGAAGCUACAGGUGCGGAGGGUGAGCGCCGUCAGAUGCGCAGCCUCCAGAACUUCGAGGUGCAUUGCCGCGGGCGGGCGGACCUGCCGUUCCACUUCGUGGUGGCGCCGUCUGGCGCCGUGUACGAGGGCCGCGGCUGGGAGCUGGCGGCAGACCUCAGCCUGGGUGUAGAGGUGGACGCUCCAGAGGACUGUGGCGGCCGCUGUCUGGUCGUGGCGCUGAUGGGCACCUUCUGCAGACGCCUGCCGACGCCGACUGCGCUGCACGCCUUGGACACCCUGCUGGCGCUGGCGCAGGACCGGGGGGUCCUGGCACAGGACUACCACCUGGUGGGGCACUGCCAGCUGGCAGGCACCAUCAGCCCGGGCGGGGCGCUCUUCUCGCUCCUCAAGCAGUGGCCACACUGGACCGACCGGCCGUUUGGCGGUGAAGAUCGCGACGCUGAAGAAAGCGACCAUGUACAAUGACAGUGACUGCUCGUGUAUUGACUCAUCCUGAUUUUCUGAUUCUGCCUGAUAGAACAAACCUUUCGUGUAAAUCAUGACAAUGUAACAGUUAAUUGUAAACAAGCAGAUCGACUGCAAGGGUACUGGACAAUAGAAAACAAAGUAGCUCUUCCAGUGGUAAUAACUCUGUAGCUGAGACUGUUACAUAUACAUCUACAGGGUGUUCCAGAAAUGUUGCGAGAGACUUCUAGCGAAGGUGGGGCACAUCGCAAGGAUUGAGAUUUGCAUAGCAAUCCGUGGCUGCAGACGCUGCCAUAUGCUGCUAGGUGGUGCUCUACACAAGUUUUGGCGCCGACACUUACCGGAUUUAUAGUGCCUUGAUUGCUUUCUGUGGUGAGCCAAGAAAUGUCUCAUGUAUCGCAAACCUGUGGAGUCUGAACUGGAUCCCGUCGCACAAAUCGUCUGUGCAGCUGCUACAAUCAAAGAAACUCCCUGUGUGUUCGGUCGUGUCCGGCAGUCAGUGCUCCGUCCAUGUCUGUGUGCAUGGCGUCUGAUGGUGCGAACUUCGAGCAUCUGUUGUAACAUCAGAGCCGUAUUCAUUUCGUACACCAUGUGUACUCGUUAUGUCCAAUAAAUGUUUCAAGUGAAUCACUCUCAGAUCUUCGGCCUCUGUUGCCACUUACCCCUAAUGUUUGCGAUCAUGGGCCCUACGCAAUUCUCAAUGCUUAUCUUGUGCCCCACAUCGUCUAGAAGUGUGCUGCAACAUUUCUGGGACAUCUCGUACAUCUAGAAUUACACUCUGAAAGUUACCUAAUCGUGUGUGUUGAAGGGUCCACCUCCCCCCCCCCACACACACACAUUCACGUUCUAGUUGUGAAUGGUGGGUCAGAACGAUUGUUGGUAGGCUUCCAUGUGAACUCUAAUAUAUCUUCGUUUAUCUUCAUGGUCUUUCUGGGAGGUGUACGUGGGAGUUAGAACUAUAUUGGUUGAUUUUUCUGCGAAUGUACGCCAUCGUCAAUAUUAUGAAAAUGAUGGAUGCUACCCGCCUUACAAAAGAGACGUUGGGUCACGGAUACGAACAACUGAAAGACUGCUCUCCAUUAAGCUUUCGGCCAAAAGGCUUGUUUCGAAGUAUAAAAAACACACAAAUUCACAAAAACGUGUGUGUGUAUGCAAGAGUUAUGAUUCUGUGAAUGUGUGUGUGUUUUCUUCUACAGAAAUGGGACUUUUGGCCGUAAGUUUAAUGUAUACCAACUCAUCGUCUCCUCCACACGGUGAGUAGCAAUCUACCAUUUUCAAAAUGCUGUCGUUAAUCCAUUCUGGACUUUCCAUUGUUUAAUGUACACUUUCAGAAUUUAACAGUACACUACAUUGCAGUAUACGUCUCCUGCCUGAUAACAACUGACACUAGUCUUGACUAAGCUUCUCCGCGAUACAUUUGAUAUUACCUUAUUACAUGACGCAGUGACGAGGCGUGCUACUCUUUUUUGGGUCUUCUCUGUUUAUCACUCCUGUCUAGUAAGGGUCACAGACUGACGAUCAGUACUGAAGUAUCGGUCGAACGAGAUAUUUGUAAGCUGCCUCCUUUCUGAUUGGACUACAGUUCCUUUCUUGCAAUGAAUCUUACAAGCGUACUGUAAGAAUUUCCCCGCAUCGCUUUGAUUCGAAUUGGCAGGUUGUGUAGGGCACGACUAGAACAUGUGUGAACAGGAAGACGCAACACUCAACCGCCAAGAAAACUGAUUUCGAAAAUUUUAGGCUUCUCAUCUAAAUCUGCAGGGUACUUUCUGUUGAGCUAGAAUCACGUAAUUGGGUCAGAAGCAAGGUUUCACAGUACAAGUAAACAGAAAAAUCGGAAAAUUGUUAAUUUGUACUUAUGUCACAUAUUUAUAUAUUUUUUACCUCGAGUUAUCCUACUGUCUCUUUCUCAGGAACAGGUACAAGUAUUAAGUUGAAACUGAUGUCACAUUCCAAAGUCCAUGAUCCCUUGGCAGGGUAAAAAACUUUAACUUAUAAUUUAAUGCAAUGAAAAGAUGCGGCCAUUUACAUCACAUACUAUUUUGAGAUUCACAGAUUUACUCUUGAAAACCUAUAGCGUAUGACCAAGAAUCAUGAAAUGUGGCAAUAAGCAAGGUUUCACAGCACAAUUAAAGGAAGAAAUUAUUUUGCAAUUGAUCACAAAAGUCAUAGAAUUCCUGAAGCCAAUAUCUUUUCAGUAUCGAUAUCGACAACAGGCAAAAAUCGUCGAUAUUCUCGAUUCCCAGGAUGGAUGAACCGUAAUA